ACCUUCCGAAAAUUCCAUUUCCAGAAAUGGAAUUUCCAGUCAUGGAAAUUCCAGAUAGCCCUAUGCAAUUUGAUACUGGUAGUUCUGAAAAUGAAUCAGUUAUUUCUUUAUAUGAAGAAGAAUAUAAUUUUAUUACUAAAACACAGCUCAAAAAAAGAAAAAAAUCUGAUAAUGGGGAAAAAAGAGCGCCCAUUACCUAUAGAAUUUAUCGAAACCUU